UCCUGGUUGCUACAGGUAGUCGAGAAGCGAGGGGCGCUGCGUCGCCCGCUCUGCUGCAAGGGGCUGCGGGUUGUCUGGCCUCUCUCGAGCGCAGAGGAGUUUCUAGGCCGUGCUCUUUUAUUAUUAUUAAUGCACCCAGCUUCCCCGCACGCCCCUUCCUCGCGCUGACGAUGCUGCGGCGAGGCGCGUGAUUCAGAACUUGCUGCUGCCGCCGCGCCGAGUAACCUGCCGCCGUGGAGUUUGGGCGGAGUGUGAGCGUCUCUCCGGGACGCUGCAGCCUGCUGGGGGAGUGACUAGCGAGCCCUUGCCGGGAGCGGGGGCGGAGGGACCGGCCAGCAGCCGAGGGGCUCCGAGCCCUGGCGGGGCAGCCUGGCGAGCGGACUCGCAGCCAGAGGAGGCGGCCCCGCGCACCGUGUGCCCUCAGGGGAAGCGGGGAUGGACCUCGCAUUGUUCCUUUGCUAAGCAACUCGUGCGGGGCGCUGGCGCCGCGGAACAUGGGCUCCUCGUCUUUGUCUCCCGAGUGAGCGAGCCCUUCGCCCGCCGCCUUUGUGAGCCGAGCACCGCGAACAUGGAUGUGACCAUUUCCGAGCUCAUGGAGCUCUUCCUGCAGAGCCCUUUGGUGACCUGGGUGAAGACAUUUGGCCCAUUAGGGAAUGAAAAUGAAGACAAAUUGACUAUGUAUAUGGAUCUGGUAGAUGGUGUCUUUCUGAACAAAAUCAUGUUGCAAAUAGAUCCACGGCCGACAAACCAACGUGUCAACAAGCACGUCGAUAAUGAUGUCAACCUCCGAAUCCAAAACCUGACCAUCUUAGUCAGAAACAUCAAGAUUUAUUAUCAGGAGGUCCUCCAGCAGCUGAUCAUAAUGCAUUUACCAAACGUUUUAACGAUUGGCAAAGAUCCUCUUUCUGGUAAAAGUAUGGAUGAAAUUAAGAAGAUGCUGUUGUUGGUGUUGGGCUGUGCUGUACAGUGUGAAAGAAAGGAAGAGUUUAUCGAAAGAAUAAAACAACUGGAUAUUGAGACUCAGGCUGCAAUUGUUUCACACAUUCAGGAGGUGACUCAGAACCAGGAGAAUGUGUUUGACUUGCAGUGGCUAGAGCUGCCAGAUAUGGCCCCAGAAGAACUGGAGUCUCUCUCAAGAAAUAUGGUUUUCCAUCUCAAGAGGCUUAUUGAUGAGAGAGACGAGUGCACAGAACUGAUUGUGGAUCUCACUCAAGAGAGAGAUUAUCUACAGUCUCAGCAACCACCAAGUCCUUUGAAAACAUCUAGUCCGGACUCUUCACCAAACCUAGCGAGUCGUUUCUCCAGUGAGGACAAGCAGCACCUGGCUGUUGAGCUGGCAGACACACGAGCAAAGCUGAGAAGGGUCCGACAGGAAUUGGAAGAAAAAUCUGAGCAACUUGUGGACACUAAACAUGAAGCAGAACAGCUUGUACAAGAGCUGCAGAAAAUAAAACAGGAGAACAUCCACCUGGCAGCUGAUGCACGCUCCGCCCGAGCAUACAGAGAUGAACUGGAUUCACUGAGAGAGAGAGCAAACAGAGUCGAGAGACUCGAGAUGGAACUAGUCCGGUGUAAAGAGAAACUGCAUGACGUAGAUUUCUACAAGGCUCGUAUGGAGGAAUUAAGAGAAGACAACAUCAUAUUAAUUGAAACAAAGGCUAUGCUAGAAGAACAGUUAACAGUAGCAAGAGCUCGUGGUGAUAAAUUGCAUGAACUAGAGAAGGAAAACUUGCAAUUGAAAUCCAAACUUCAUGAUGUAGAGCUGGACCGGGACACAGACAAGAAGCGAAUUGAAGAGCUGCUGGAAGAGAAUAUGGUACUGGAGAUUGCGCAAAAACAGAGCAUGAAUGAGUCUGCACACCUGGGCUGGGAACUAGAACAGCUGUCAAAGAGCACGGACCUCGCAGAUACUAGGAAGUCCUUUGUGUUUGAGCUAAACGAGUGUGCAUCGAGUCGCAUUCUGAAGCUAGAAAAGGACAAUCAGAGCCUGCAAAACACUAUCCAGGAGCUCAGAGAUCUCUCUCUGACCACGGAAGAGAGCAGCCUAAAGUUUGUAGAGCUGGAAAAGGAGAAUCAACAACUUAGCAAGAAGAUUGAGAAGUUGCAAAAUCAGAUUGAAAAAGAGAAACAAAGCAACCAAGACUUGGAGAUUUUAAGCGAGGAGCUGAUAAAAGAGAAAGAACAGCUACAGGGUGUCAUGGAAACUGUAAAAGCCGACAAAGACAGACAGAUUAAUGACCUCCAACAAGAGAAUGACCACCUCAACCAAGUGGUUUUGUCCCUGAGGCAGAGGGCUCAGGUUAGUAGCGAGGCCAGAGUAAAAGACAUUGAAAAAGAGAACAAGAUGCUCCAUGAAACAGUUACAGAGACUAGUAGCAAACUCAGCAAGCUGGAGUUUGAGAAGAAACAAUUGCAUAAAGAUUUUGAACAGGUUAAAGAAAAGGUAGAACGAGUGGAGGAAAUGGAGAAAGAGCUCCAUCGGCUAGAGAGGGAGAAUGAGCAGCUCACAAAGAAGGCAGCAGCCAUGAAAAUUGUAACAGAAAAAGUUGAGGUUCUAGAGCAGGAAAAUGGGGAUCUGGAAGUGGAGAACAGGAAGUUGAGAAAGUCCCUGGAUACCUUACAGAAUGUUUCCAUCCGUCUAGAGGACCUGCAGAGGGACAACAAGCAACUGGAUGAAGAGAACCUGGAGCUCAGGAGAGUGGUAGAGACCAUGAGAUUCACCAGCACAAAAAUGGCACAGAUAGAGGAAGAAAAUAAAGAGCUGGAGAAGGAGAAAGAGGAGCUAAGAAAAAAUGUGGAGAUGUUAAAAAUACUGGGAAAGAAGUCGGAAAGGCUGGAGCUGAGCUAUCAGAGUGUGAACUGUGAGAAUCAGAGGCUUCAGCAGAUCCUGGAGAACAGCAGCAAAAAAACCCAAGAGCUAGAAAAAGAGCUACAGGGAAUGGAAAGUGAAAAUCAGGUCCUCCAGAGAAAACUUGAAGAGCUGAAGAUUUCCAGCAAACGGCUGGAGAGGUUAGAAAAGGAGAACAAAGUGCUGGAGCAAGAAGUGUCCCAACUGGAGAAAGACAAAAAGAUGCUAGAGAGGGAAACAAAAAGGCUUUGGCAGCAGAUGGAGUUGAAAGAUGCUAUUUUGGAUGAUAACACAGUAAAGCUGGCGGCUGUGGAGAAGGAAAACAGAACACUUGAAAAAGAAAUGGCUCGAUUCAGAGAUUCGUCUAAUAAGAUGAAAGAAUUUGAAAAAGACAAUAAAGACCUUAUAAAGCAAGUUACCAUUGAUAAAAGAACACUAGCUACAUUGAGAGAGGAUUUGGUCCUUGAAAAGUUAAAGAGCCAACAGUUGUCUAGUGAAAUGGACAAACUGAGCCAAGAGCUGGAGAAGAUUGGAUUGAACAAAGAGCUGCUGCUACAGGAUGAUAAUGGCAAUGACAACAAAUAUAAGAUUCUGGAAAGCAAAACUGACUCUGCAUUAAAGACAACACUAGCCAUUAAAGAAGAAAAGAUUGUAUUGUUAGAGGCUCAAGUGGAAGAGUCUCUUAACUUGAAUCAGCAGUUGCAGAAUGAGCUAAAUACGAUAAAGAAGGACUUUGAAGUUCUUAAGCAAAGUCAAGAAGAUAGGCAAUGUGUGAAGAACUCAUUAAAAUCUCCGGCAGAAAAACUCGUUUCCAACCACCAGAUGAAAGAGAAAUGGGAAACAGGACACCGAGAAACAACAAUGGAGCUGCUGAAAGUGAAAGACAGGGCUAUAGAGCUGGAAAGGAAUAAUGCAGCCCUCCAUGCUGAGAAGCAGCUGCUGAAAGAACAGCUGAAGCAUUUGGAAAUGCAGAAUGUCUCUUUCAACAACCAGAUCCUGACACUACAGAAGCAAAAUGGCUUCCUUCAGGAGCACAACACUGCUCUGCAGACCCAAACAGCCAAGCUCCAGGUAGAAAAUUCAACCCUGAGCUCCCAGAGCACUUCACUGAUGGCCCAGAAUACUUUACUCCAAAACCAGCAGACAGCUAAGGAAAAUGAGAAUGAAAAUCUACUGAAACAGAAAGAUCAGCUAAAAGCUGAAUACGAGUCACUGCUGCAGGACCACGAACACUUUGCCUCACUGCAUGAGCGACAGUCCACAGAAUAUGAAAUGCUAAUAAAGCAGCACAGCUACCUGAAAACUUUGCACAAAAAUCUGGAACUGGAGCACAAAGCUCUCGAGGAAAGGUACAAUAGUUUAGUAAAACACAAGGCAGAACUGGAAGAAUUGGAAAUUGUUCUAAAAACCGAGAGAGAGGUUCUGCAGCAAGAAAGGAGAACAAAUACAAUAACCACUGGAGAAAAUCAAAAGAUGAGAGAAGAACUGGACAGGGUAAAUUUCUUGCAUAGCCAGCUAAAGGCAGAGUAUGAGGGGCUGCAUGCACACACUAAGGAGCUGAAAACCUCAUUGAAUAAUUCUCAGCUGGAGCUGAACCGCUGGCAGGCUCGUUAUGAUGAACUGAAGGAGCAGCACCAGUCCAUGGAUAUCUCCCUGACCAAGCUUGAUAACCACUGUGAACUGCUUACCCGUCUAAAGGGAAAUCUGGAAGAAGAGAACCAUCAUCUCCUGAGCCAGAUCCAGAUGCUGAGUCAGCAGAACCAAAUGCUACUGGAGCAAAACAUGGAGAACAAGGAACAGUAUCAUGAAGAGCAGAAGCAAUACAUUGAUAAAUUAAAUACAUUAAGGAGACACAAAGAAAAACUGGAAGAGAAGAUAAUGGAUCAGUACAAGUUUUAUGAUCCUGCUCCAAAAAAGAAAAACCACUGGAUUGGAGCCAGAGCUUUAGUCAAACUGAUCAAGCCAAAGAAAGAGACUACAAAGGAGCGAUUGAUAUCAUCGGUGGAGAGUCCUCCAUGGCACUCUGAAUCCACAGAGACAGCAUCCUCACCAUCUGCUUCUCAGAUAUUCAAGCAUCAGCAGGAGAGUCUGGAUAACACCUCUCUGGGGUCAAACUCUAUGGAAGAGAAAGUGAGCCACAAUGGAGCUUCAAACAAAGCUCAACGCAAAAAGAUUGCCUUUUUGAGAAGCAAAAGCAAGGACAAAGAAAAGUCUCCUAAGUCUCCAUCGAAUCAUCAGUCUCUCACUAAUCGUCUGCGAUUCUGGUCUUCUUCCGACAUCCCAUCUUCUCCUAAUGAACCUCUUUCUUUCUCGGAAAUGGGAGAUUCAUUAACGGAUCUAAAACAAAACCGAAUUUCCCAACGUGGAGGCAGCAAUGAUCAUGUUGAAAAUUCAGCAGACUCUGCUACUAAGCACUGCAUGGAGCUGGGUUCCCGAACUUACUCUACCUCAGCCAUCCAUUUGACCGCUUCAAGUUCUACUCCCACUUCCAGGCACCAAAGCAAACCCAAAGGAUAUAAUUCAGAGGAUAAUCUUUGUGACCAAUCCACUGAGGUAGAGUUUUCAAGAAACAGGCAAAAUGUUUCCAAGCUAAAUAGUUUAGAGAGCAGUCGAAAUGCAUCCAGCAGUAGUUCACCUGUCAACUUGAAAGGUAAGAUACUUUCAGAGCUGAGAUUCUCCAUUUUCAUUCUUUCUGUCAUCCAUGUUCCUUUUCAGCGGCGACGCAGCUUAAAUGAAACCGAAAUUAUCUCAUUGCACCAAUUUCUGUUAGAAGCUGACGCACUGUAUCCCUCUUGCCAUUUCCCAUCUCAUUCCCUCCAUCAGGAACCUUCGUGUUCAGUCGAACCAGUCCUCAGUCAUUCGUGUUGUGACAGUCUGAGGCACAGAACUGGCAGUGGGAGUAGGAGAGCAACUUCGCUGUCUAUCCCCAGGGACACUUCCAGUAGCAGAGAUGACUUGCUGAGUGAUUAUUUUAGAAAAGCAAAUGAACCCCCUCCUGUUGGGAACCAGUUGAGUCAGCCAAGUAGAAAGGAGACAGCUAAGGCGCCUACCAGCUAUGUGUCACCAACCAUAAAAAUGACCAUCGCCAGUGAAGAAGGGAGAGUGGCUAAACCUGGACACUAUGUCAAACCCAACCUUAGACCAGCUGAAUCUGAGGCACUGGCCACAGGAUCUCUUAAACUUCCUCCCACACCACCACAUCAGCCGCUCAGUGGGCUGAGGCCAAUGGCACAACCGCAGCAGACCAGUACAAUGAGCCAGAGGAAUGCCUCACUGAGCAGAGCCUUUAGUUUGGCCUCUGCAGACCUCCUGAGAGCCACAGGUCCAGAGACAUACAGACAGGAGAGCCCUCAGAAGCUAGGUGCAGAUGUUCGUACGGGCAAAGACUCUGGCAGUCAGACCUUGCGGCUCUCUGUGCCCCCAGGCUCUCACGCUACCAUACGAGAUAGACCACAGUCUGCAAAGGCAGCGUGCACUUUGCAAACUGUCGAUUCCCGUUGUCGGCAGCUUGAUGUGAGACGUCUUUCUCUGGCACCUCCAAAGGAGGAGAGGCCUCUUUCGUUUCAUCAGUCCUCUGCCUCUGCAAGUGCCAACAGUGUACAGCAGCCUGAACAAGUGAGUGCAGUGCCUGGGCAGCACUAUUCACCCACACGAUAUAUACCAGCUAAAGUCAAAUCCAAGCCAGCCGCAUGCUCCGGGGAAGUGGCCACCGUGACUCCUGUCAGAGCUGCCUCUAGUAACAGUGAGGGUGAUGUUACCCAAGGGCAAAGUCGGAGUGAUGCCCUCAUUACCAAGUGCCAGAGUAGGUCACCAGAAGGCCACGCUGGUGCAGGGGGAAUAGAGGAAUCCAACAGAGGGGGCAGCUCCAAGAGCACUCCUGGUUCUCCAGAUCCCCAUGGGGACCAGCAGACUGUCUGGUAUGAGUAUGGAUGUGUGUAAUCUGUUGAUUCUCUUGGUAAUGUGUUUUAAGCUGGUUACAUUUGGGUGGAAUUUGCUAGUGGCAUUUGUCUAAACACUGUGGCAGGUCUUAAAAGGCAUUCCCUGCACCUAAUUUUCUAGUUUGUCUAAAUGCCUUCCAGCCAUUGGUUUUUAAUGGAACAAAGGACAUUUUCACAGUUAAAACACAGACCUGAACAGCCGAACCAGGGCCUUUCCUUUCACACUAUAGUGCCUAAAAUAAAGUGGACCCCUUACAGACUCCCACAAAAGACUUUGGGCCUAAUUUUCAGAAGUGUUGAGCACCCACAAAUCCAGCUGAAGACAAGGAGAUCUGUGAGGGCUCACCACUCUCUGACAAUUGGUCACCGCCUCUCCAUAUCUUCAUACUGCCCUCUCCCAUGCUCCCCCAGAUUCUGCAUUAAAGAAACAUUCAUGAGUCAAAUUUAACUGUGCUGAAUUCAGCCCUCAGUUUGAAAAAUGACUUAAGUUGCUGAAAAGAUCAUGUAAAAGCCAAACUCCUCCCUAGGGAAAAGAACCAGACGCUUGCAACAGCUUAAAGAAAAGCUGAAGGGCAAAAGUGUAUGGCUUUUCAGUGAGUGUAAGUAAAAGCUAUUAUGUUUGUGACAGCUGCAUUUUAUAAAUAGGAGGAGUAGAAUUAAAGGGUCCCAUAUUAACCUUUCACAUUGGGAACUGUUUGAACCCAAAGAGAUCAGUGUAUUUGCCUUGCUCCUCCACUACACGCACAGUUCAGCAGAUCCUUGAUUCUGAAAACCAGGUGGUGCUGCCUUUUGACACUUGCUUUAUCUUUUAUACAAACACUGGAACUGAUACAGCCUGUUCAGGGAGAUGCCUGAUUUCAAUGGCAUUGCAAAGAUGGCAUCCCAUGUACAAAGGUGACUUGUACACAUGUAAAUGAAAAGUUAAAUCAUUGUAUAGGAUUGCGUGUAAACUGUAUUAAUAAAUGUGCUAUCACUUCUUCUUGCAUCCCCAUGUGCAUGAUUGCCCAUGUCCUAAGUAAUAUACAGGAAUCUCUCUCAUAGGAUGAAGUCUUUGUUUCUGUCUUAAAGAACUUGUUCAGUGUAGAAACCAAAAUAAUGUUAUAUACAUGAGAAAGAAAUCUACUUUAAAAAAAUCUAUUUAUGUUCAAAUAAAAUUUCUCAUGUGUCUGUCAAGUUUCAUCAGCUGCUUAUGUAUAUAUGAUGAAACAUGUAUCUUUAAUUCUAUUCAUGUUUGUAAAGGUGUUUCCUUAUGAUAGACUAAAUCCCUAAAAAUUUUUAAGGUUUUCCUUACACUGGCUCUGAUUUAAUAUAGCAAAAGACAUAUGUAAGCAAUUUUAAACUGAUAUCUGGUCAGCUAGGAAUGUUUUUGUUAUAGUAUGUAGCAAUCACAUUCUGAAAAC